AUGCGGGAGGCGAAGCUGGAGCCCAACGUCAUCUUCAGCUACAGCACUGGGAUCAGCGCGUGCGGAACGGGUGAGCAGUGGCAGCGGGCUUUGGCGCUGCUCGGCGAGAUGCGGAAGGAGAAGCUGGAACCCGACGUGAUCUUCAGCUACAAUGCUGGGAUCAGCGCGUGUGAAAAAUGCGAGCAGUGGCAGCGGGCUUUGGCGCUGAUGAACGAAAUGCGGGAGGCGAAACUGGAACCCGACGUGAUCUUCAGCUACACCACUGGGAUCAGCGCGUGCGGGAAGGACGAGCAGUGGCAGCGGGCUGUGGCGCUGCUCAGCGAGAUGCGGAAGGCGAAAUUGGAGCCCAGCUCAGCUACAGCGCUGGGAUCAGCGCGUGCAAGAAGGGCGGGCAGUGGCAACGGGCGCUGGCGCUGUUGA